AUGGCAUCCAGCGGUACGCCUGCGCUCGCAGAAAAUCGAAAGCCGCUCUCAUCUCCACGACCUCGACGCGAGAACGCAAAGAAUACCCUGUGCAGGCAUGUCACGAUCUAUGGACAUUGUCGUUACGAGAAAUCCUGCGACUACGUCCAUGACCCUUCAAAACUCAUGAAUACACAGGCUAUGACGGACCGGAUGAAGAACCGGUUGAAUGUCGAUUCUCCGUCCUUUGUUCCUCUUCAACCAGCAUCCCCGAAUGGCGCCUCCGCUCCUCGAAACACGGCCAUCUCGCCAAAGGCAGCGGAUGCGGCAAUCUUCACCCCCAAAUCGGCCAACGCUACAAUUGCCACGGUUUCUCCUCCACAGGCACAGCAUAGCAAAGAGCCAUCGCAGGAAUGGAACGCACAGGCGUUUCAAGACUUCGUUCCGCAAGCGAGUUAUGAUGGAGGCCAUUCCACUGAUCAGUCCGGGUCCGGGUCGUACGCCUUUGACCCUUUUUCAGUGCCGCCAAACAUCCCAGGCAUUCAGGAACCAUCGCAAGCUGCCCCUCCUCCUAUGAACAUGUACACGCCGCAGGAAACAACAGCUAUGGGCUCGAACAGCUACUUCCACAACGGAGCGUUUGCUCAACCGUUGCAGUACCAUCUAUAUGCUCCAAUGGCUCCCCACCGAGAGAACGUCUUGGCAUACCAAAGGACAGCACACGACUUCUUUAUGCCUGAUCCGGAACGCGAAGAUCUGCAACGAAAAGCAGAGGCGACUCUUCAAGUUCUCCCGAACUCCACCUUGCCGCAACGCAUCGAUCACUUCCACUCUCUCGUUCCCCUUGACACAAGCAACCAGAAGAAUUUGAAUCUAUUCGGAUAUCAAACUUGGCUGUACAAAGCUGUAUCCAGCAAAGAUGGAAACACAUAUGCGAUGAGACGUCUCGAAGGUUACCGACUCACCAAUGAGAAAGCGAUAAGAGCUGUCCAAGCAUGGCGGCGGAUCGACAAUGCCGGAGUUGUGUCGGUCCAUGAUGCUUUCACAUCCCGAUCGUUCGGUGAUAGUUCUCUCAUCUUUGUCACCGAUUACCACCCCCUUUCGAAGACCCUCGCGGAACACCAUUUCCAAUUCCCUCCCCGCUUUGCCGGACGGCAGGUUCCGACACCCGUCCCAGAACAGACUAUCUGGGGCUACAUCGUGCAGAUUGGAUCUGCCCUGAAAGCCAUACACUCCUCCGGUCUCGCUGCCCAAGUCAUACAUACAACAAAAGUUAUCCUCACCUCCAAAAAUCGCAUACGUCUCAGCGGAUGCGGGAUAAUGGACGUCGUCCAACACGAUUCCUCCCGACCUCUUCAUGAACUGCAAGCGGACGACCUCAUCCACCUCGGUCGCCUAGUCCUCUGCAUCGCCUCGAACAACCCCAACGCUCUGCUCAAUGUGCAGAAAGCCAUCGAGACCAUCACCCGAAAUUACUCUGAGCGAAUGAAGGAAUGUAUCGCCUGGCUCUUGACACCGAACCCUCCACCAGGCGCCGCACCAAGUCCCACUGGGCAACAAAUCGUUAAAGACAUCGACGUCUUUCUCACCGCCAUCACCACGCAGAUGGUGUCCGUUUUGGACAGCUCUCUCCAUGCCGAGGACACACUCACCUCCAUGCUCGCCCGGGAGCUCGAAAACGGCCGCCUGGCCCGCUUGAUGGCAAAGCUCACGUCCAUCAACGAGCGCCCCGAACACGCCCACGAUGCGCGCUGGUCCGAGACUGGUGAACGAUACUACCUCAAGCUCUUCCGCGACUACGUUUUCCAUCAAGUCGAUGCGAGUGGCAAUCCGGUAGUCGACCUGGCGCAUAUUGUGUCGUGCCUGAACAAGCUCGAUGCCGGGGUCGACGAGAAAGUUGCGCUGGUCAGCCGGGACGAGCAGAAUGUCCUGCUGGUCAGCUACCGGGAGGUCAAGCGCGCGGUGGACAGCGCGUUCACGGAAUUGAUCAAGAAUAGCCGGCGAGGUUGA